AAAUUUUAUGGCUGAGUAGUAAAUCUCUGGAACAGAAUUUCCUGAUAUAAAUGACAACUUAGCUUUAAUUAUAGAAUCUUCUAGGCAGCUAUUAUAUUAGAGAAAGAUCCUUAACAGACUUUCCUUUUUAAGACCAUAUUCGAGAGUAACAGGACUUGCCAUAAAUAGAGCUUGCUUUCUGUUGGAGGAGUUCACUUGUCUUUGAGUGAAUGACUAGGUUCCUUUUGCGUGGUUUAUUUUCCAGCAAGAAUGUCUUCAGAUCUGUCGGAAAUGUUUUAAAACGGGUCUCAAUAUAUUGAAUGUGAAACAUCUUCUGUACUAUGCAACUAUUUCAGAAAUCAUAUAUGGAGAAAUAAAGCACCGGUACAUAGUUCUAAGAAAGCUUUAACAUCUGCAAAAUUAACUUGUCACUAAUUUUGCAUGCUUCAGUUACUGGAAAAUGUAGCUCUCUGAAGCACCAAGUUGUUUUUUUUUUAUUAUUAUUACAUUACAUACCUAUCAGUGACUUGCAUCUGAAAUCGUUUUCAUCACUGAUCUUGUUCUUUUGGUGCCUAUACAUUUAUUCCUCAUUUCAUGCUGAAAAUGUUAUGCCAUCUGGUUACUUGCGUAAUUUUGUAAAGAGAAGACUUCAUUAAUUUGCAGUUUUAACUUCUGCACCUGCAACUUCCAUUUACUGAUGUAGCAGUUGUUGCCUGUCAGUAGUUUAGAAAGAGUCUGCUGAAGCUGAAAUAUUUCUGCAUACAUGCCUUUCUGUCUUUAGAUACUUGCAGGCCAAAGUCUGGGGGAGGAUUUGGUAGGCUGAGAAAACACCACAUCCUGAACUGUACAGCAUCAACUUCCAAUUUUUCCUGGUUCACAUGCAAGGGAUCCUCUCCUCUCCCCAGCUCUUUAUGUGCAAAUGUAAACUAGAAUUCCAUGGUUGCCCAAAAAAGGAAAUUUCAAGCUUUGCAAAUGCUUUGUUUGGAUUAAUAACAUCUAUAGUCACGUUUCUUUUAUCCCAGAGGGCACAAACAUUUCUGAAGUUUAUAGCAGUAUCAUAACCUAUCUAAUAUGCUAUGGUAAAAAUGCCUUCUGUUUGCUAACUCUUAACAAAUUCUUGUUGUCAUAUUUCAGCAGCAAUUUAUUUUCUAGGCCAGAAAGAGGAGAGGUUGGUUUUAAAGCUAUAAGGACAAUGUUUGAAACAGUGUAUGGUUCUCUAAAAAUACUACUUGUUUACUUAUAUAUGUGAUUAUUCAAAAGCAAAGACUGCACUGUUGGUCCCUUAAUAUUAAUUUCUGCUGUGUGAGGUUGUGGCACAGUUUAUUCAUUGACCCAAAGCACUAGAAAACUUCCUACAGCACUUUACAAAAACCUGACAAACUGAACUGCUUUUGCUGAAUGGUAAGUUACAUCAAUAUGAUGUCUCUACCUAGCUGAAGUUGUCUGUCUGAAAUCUAAGGGAAAAGGGCUGGGUUUAUUUUGAACUUUUUGUUUGGGGGUUUUGUUUUGGGUGUUUUUGUUUGUUUAUUUUCGGUUUUGUGGGUUUGUUUUGGGUUUUUUUAGUUCAAAAGAGUAGCUUAGGGUUUCAAAAAGCCUGAGAGCUGAUGAAAGACUUGCUCCCUGGGGAACUUCAAUAAGAGCCUGUGGUGAAGAAGGAGGGAUUGGCAGGAAGGGACCUGCCCCACAGCUGGGAGGAGCCCAGGCCUCCAGGGCAGCUGGGCAGGGGAGGGGGGACCUGUGCAGGUGGGUGAUGGGGAGCUGGCAGCAGCCCUGGCUGCGCUCUCCUGCUGUUCCAGCCCCGAGUGCGCUGAUUUACUGUGUCUCCAUCCAGCCUGAAACACAGUCAGCUAAGCAGCCUCAGCUUAUAUUCUGAAAUGGUUUAUUUCAGGGUUUGGGGGGAUUUUGAGGUGGAGUUUUUUUUGGUGUUUUGGUUUUUUGGGGAAUUUUUUUUUAGGGUUUGAUGCUGAUAGCUGGAAUCACCAGCUUCACGUUUCAGAGCCCUUAAAACAAACAAAGAGGGCAUUUUUUGGGGAACAUCAUGCCAUAGACUGCAGGAAGCUAAAAGGGAUGAAUGACCAGAAAGGAAGCAAAUCCUCCCAGAAGUGGCAGUCAGGCAUGGGAUAGUUUAAUUGCUGGAACUUUGGAGAAAAGUUGUACAUCUACUAUUGGACAGAUGAAAAGAUAUUUAAGCUUCUAGAUUAUAAAUAGCCUCUGAAAAGUUUGAUAAUAGAGAAUGACAAACCUCUGAGGGGGGUGGGAAGGCACUUCUGGAGAUUGCCUCGUCCAACCCCCAGCUCAGGCAGACUCUGCUACAGCAGGCAGGUCAGGGCCGUGCCUGGUUGGGUGCUGCUUAUCUCCAAAGAUGGAGACUUCAUGCCCUCCCUGUUCAACUUGUGCCAGUGUCUGACCACCUUCACUCUAUAAAAAAGCCUUAAAUUCUUUUCUUCCCCCUGUGUUUCAGUUUGUGGUCAUUGUCUCUGGUCCUGCUGCUGGGCCCCACUGAGAACAGCCCAGCUCCCUCCCCGUUUAUGCCCACAUCAGAUGCUCAUGCACAUGGAUAAAAUGCCUCCUCCAGGCUGAGCAGGCACAGCUCUCCCAGCCUCUCCUCGCAUGACACAGUGCCAUCAGACACCGAGAUAUUACUGAAAAUGGCCAUCUUUGACUGGAGUGUUCCAGGAAUUUCCCAUGUUUGAGGAACGUGUUUGACUCGCCCCAUUUCUGCAGGGCUAUGUUUCUGCUGUGAGAAAAAGAGCUUUCUUGUCAAAACCAGGAUGUCACUGCUUUCUUUCAGUGCAGAAGUGUCACCUUAGUAUCCAAAUGGACAACUUAGGGCCUCUCCUAGCAAAAGCUGAUGGAUGGAGCUCCCUUUCCUCAUCUUUCUUGCUAUGUCACUAGAGAGAGCCUUAGGAAAAUCUUGAAUUCACAUUGUCUUUGCUUUGCUCAGAAAUUAUUUUAAGUUACAGGAAACAUGACCAUCUAAUUAGAUUCUCCUUCACAGAUGAGGUCAUUCUUUCCACCAGCAACCUGGGAUAAGGAUGCUUAGUUUGGGUGAAUGUGUAAUGUACAACAAUCUCAGCUGGAUUUUGCUUUAGCAGCAGUGAUUUAAAAACUGAAAUACUAUUUUUGUUGUCACUCAGGACUGGAUUUUAUUUCACAAUUGUUCUGUGUUUUUCAGAAUUGUAGUGUCUGUGUUUCAGAAUGUAGUGUCAGAGGCAUUAUUGUCACAGCUUAAAAAUGCUUCUUAAGCAUACAGCUUUUGUGUCUGCUUGCACAAUGAGAAAUCACAAUGGAAGAUAUUAAAAAUUACAAUUGGUCAAACAGUCCAAGAUCUUGAGAGAGAAUGAUAGUACUUCUUAGGUUCAGUACGACUGAGCUGUCACAUACAUCCUGGGUUUCACAUUUUCUCUUCCAUCUUCACUCAUUCUUUAGCCCAGUUACAUGAUUAACUCUCCAUUCAUCAUCCUAUUUUACCCCUGUUUCUGUUCUUCAUUGUCUUCUGCAUGACCUGCUGUGCCUCAGCACUGCUAAUGAGCCCAGUUACUCUCAUGCCCCUCAGGUCUCUCCUUGUGAGUAGAAAUCUUCCCACUCAGAGUUCCUUCUGUGUUGAUAAUAUAAUAUGCAAAUAAUAUCAUGGCAAGGCUUGCUGUAUUGCACUUAAUCUGGCCCCUUCUUGAUGGGGCAACAAAGCAAUAGGCACUGUGCUUUAUAGAGAAGGCAUAAACAAGUACCUAUUUAAUGUAGGAUCUUGGAAAAAAAUUAGAAAUAACUUGCAAGAAUAUUUUACUGCAUUGCACAAUUGCCAUCUCAGAAAAUGAGGAAUGGCUGUAAUAAUUAAGUCACGUUUUGCUUAUUAAGCAUUUCUCCUAAAUAUCUAUUAGCAGUUUAGCUUGUGUAAUAUUGAUUUGCUUAUGUUUGUUCUAGUUUUGAAAUAAAAUGGACCCUCAUAUUCUCUUAGAGAUGCAGCAUACUGGUUGCCUGGGAUAUUGAGAAAUACAUUUUAAAAUACCACAUGAAGAUUUUACUGUAACUGUAGCUGUGAUGUUUUCUUUUGUUUGCACUGUGUUGUUUUUCUUUAGAAGUUGUUUCCAAAAUUAUGGUGAAUGGAAUUUUCUUUUCAUGUGACCAAAUGCUCUUUGUCUUGGCAGCAUUCACAAGCACAGAGCUGGCAGAGAAAGUUAGGCAGGAUUUGCCUGGGCAUUUUCAAAGACAAGCACCCAGGAACAGAAAUUUGAAAUAAUGUAGCCUGAGGUCAGGAAUUUUUUCUUUAGAGAUUCAGUAAAGAAUAUGAUUAUCUGUAGUGUGUAAGAAGCCAGGGGUUUUCUAGAUCUACAUGUACCAUCGAAAUAGGAAAGUAUAAUGGGCAAUAUUCUGUGCAGUGUUGCUUCCUAAACAAUGCCAGUUAAUAAUAAGGGUUUUGGGCCAUUUUUUCAAAGAGAGAUGAUAUUUACUGUCAAUCCUUCCUUUCUUUUGGUGAGUUAGAUAAAACAGUGCUAGGAGAAUAUGCAUCAUUUAAUCCAAUUUGAGCUUGCACCGUGCUUAAGUCAAAGACAAAUGUGUUCUUGACAUCAGGCAUUUACCAUACAGCACUGAAGCAGUGUGGUUUUGGCGCACUGCGAGGAAAUCUGCUGAAACAAGAAAGUGUUUGUUUGAGAGAGAGGGUUGGGAGAGGAGUGCAGGAGGGUCUCACAUGCAGAGGUAACCCCGUGCUGGGUGGUUUUUCACGCUGUACCUGCGUAGGUGGAGCAUUCCCCUCGUGCCAGGGCACUCCUCAGUGCACGCCGGGAGCUCGAGACAGACCCUGGAAGAGUUUCUGCUCCCCACAGCGUGGCUGGGGCUCAGCACUGGGACAGAGUCAUCUGUUUUACCCCAGCACACAUUUGCAUUCCACAGGUCUGGGAAACUGCGUGACCACCCAACGCUUGGUGUUUAAAACUGAUCAGGCUGGCAGCACAGCACUUCACAUCCAGCUGCGCUGCACACACAGACUCCCCAGCCUCUGUGCUGGAAAGUGAGCUGCGAAGGAUUUUUUUAGAAAUUGCUUUUGGAGCAGGUACAUUCCUGCACAGGCAGGAUGUCCAAACCCUCUCGCUUGGCUCGACCUGUGUCGGCUAAUACAGCUCCUAAAUCGCCUUUGUCUAGGAAAGAAGAUUUUAACAGCCGAUCACGAAAAAUUAGGCUAGGUGAAAAGAUUUUGAGAGCUGGCAGCGAAGGAAACCUUGUUAAACAGCAUCAGCAAGAGCAGGUGGAAAUCACAGAAAGGCUUGUGCCACGGAGGGCUCCUUUCCUGAAAGACCAGGCAAAACCCAGUUUGCAUGUAACAUCACUAGACGAUGCAGAAUGUCUCCGAUCUAAGGAGCUGCUUUCGACCCCGAGCAGUCACACUUCCUCCAGCUCAAAGUCCACCCGCAACAUCCCUCGAAGACACACAGUAGGUGGCCCUCGCAGUUCCAAAGAAAUACUGGGAAUGCAAACCUCAGAAAUGGACAGGAAGAGAGAGGCUUUUCUUGAGCAUCUGAAACAGAAAUAUCCCCACCAUGCCACAGCAAUCAUGGGACACCAGGAGAGACUAAGAGAUCAGGUUUUGCAGUGCAUGUUGGUCUCCCUUCAUUCAGAACUUGACAUUCAAAGGUACAUGAUGAAAAUUGAAUCCUCUCAGAGAACAAGAAGCCCAAAGCCGUCUCAGAGCCCACAGCCCAAUUUGGGUGACCACACAGAACACCUCUCUGAAGCAUCUGCUGAUUCCUUAGAGGUCAUGUCUGAAGGUGAUUCUCCAACCCCCUUUUCAAGGGGCAGCCGCACGCGGGCAAGUCUUCCCGUUGUGCGGUCAGCAAACCAAACAAAGGAAAGAUCACUGGGUGUAUUGUAUCUUCAGUAUGGAGAUGAAACAAAGCAGUUGAGGAUGCCGAAUGAAAUCACAAGCACAGACACAAUUCGUGCCCUUUUUGUAAGUGCCUUCCCCCAGCAGCUGACAAUGAAAAUGCUGGAAUCACCCAGUGUCGCCAUUUACAUCAAGGAUGAGAGCAGAAAUAUAUACUAUGAGUUGUCUGAUGUGAGGAAUAUUCAAGACCGAUCUUUCCUUAAAGUUUACAACAAAGACCCUGCACAUGCAUUUAAUCAUACUUCCAGAGCUGUAAAUGGAGAUAUAAGGAUGCAGAGGGAAAUUGCUUAUACGGGACGAGAUGGCCCAAGUGGUUCCCGCCCUGGAUCUGCCACGCACCCUCUGCAUGCGAUGCCCAGCUCUCCACCCUCCACCCCCGUGCCCCACUCCAUGCCUCCCUCUCCAUCCAGGAUUCCCUAUGGCGGGGGCCGGCCCAUGGGUGUGCCAGGCAAUGCCACCAUCCCCAGGGACCGGCUGUCCAGCAUGCCAGCCUCGCGCUCGAUAUCGCCCAGCCCAAGCGCCAUUUUGGAGAGACGGGACGUGAAGCCAGAUGAGGACAUGAGUAACAAAAACCUUACCCUGAUGCGAAAUGAAAGCCUCUACGGUGACCCCUACUUGUUUCACGAGGGGAGGAUGAGUGUGGCUGCACCGCACUCCGGACACCCGCUCGAUGUCCCCGAUCACAUUGUGACCUACCAUCGCAGUGCCAUCAGGUCAUCGAGCACUUACUGCAACCCUUCCAUGCAGCCUGAAAUGCUGGAGCAGUCCUUGUACAGACAAAAGUCACGGAAGUACCCGGAGAGCCAUUUGCCCACUCUUGGCUCUAAAACACCUCCAGCCUCACCCCACAGGGUGGCUGACAUGAGAAUGAUCGAUAUUCAUCCUCACCAUGGCCCUCACAUUCCCGCCCACACCAUCCAGCCUGACAGGUCUUCCCCCAGCCGCCAGUCCUUCAAAAAGGAGCCAGGAGCGCCCGUGUUUGUGGAUGCCAAAGCACGGAGUGCUGUUGGCCUCCCAGGCGUGGCCGAGGCAAUGCCCGCUCCCGUGGACAAGCAGGCUUUUGGCUAUGGGUCACCCACGAUGCCCAAGGACAAGGAGACAAGAGAGAGGAUACAAGCCAUGGAGAAACAGAUUGCCAGUUUAACUGGUCUUGUUCAGUCUGCGCUUUUUAAAGGGCCAAAUACAAGUAAUAGCAAAGAUUCUUCUAGUGAGAAGAUGAUGAAAACUAUGUCCAGCAAGAGUAGCGCCGAAACUGCAGGUGCUGCCAACAUAUCUGGGGGGAAGAAUGCCCUGGGGACUGUGGAGUCAGCUGUCAUCCAUCACCCCGCUGGAGCCCCAGCAAUGCACGUCAGCCUGCACGGGAUGAAACGCAACGUGUCGGAUCUGCGGCUGCAGCUGCACCAGAUGAAGCAGCUACAGCUGCAGAACCAGGAGAUGCUGAGGGCCAUGGUGAAGAAAGCAGAGCUAGAAAUCAAUGGCAAAGUGAUCGAAACAGUGAAGAGGCUUGAAGAUCCUGUGCAGCGACAGCGCAACCUGGUGGAACAGGAGAGGCAGAAAUACCUCAGCGAGGAGGAAAAGAUUGUAAAGAAGUUAUGUGAGCUGGAGACAUUUGUUGAAGACCUGAAGAAGGACUCUGCUGCUUCCAGCAAGACAGUUACAUUGAAAGAUGUCGAAGAUGGAGCCUUUCUUUUGCGUCAGGUGGGAGAAGCUGUUGCUACCCUGAAAGGAGAGUUCCCAACAUUGCAAAACAAAAUGCGAGCGAUCCUGCGGAUUGAGGUGGAAGCUGUGAGGUUCCUGAAGGAGGAGCCACACAAGCUGGACAGCCUGCUGAAACGUGUGCGCAGCAUGACCGAUGUCCUUACCGUGCUCAGGAGACACGUUACAGAAGGACUGCUGAGGGGUGUGGAUCCAUCCCAAGCCGUGCAAUACUCUGCUCUGGAAAAAUCCACUGCAGCUGACACUCUGAAAAACCAAGAGGAGCACAAGCCCACCCAGGGACAUGCACAGCAAAACCUCACAGCAAUCCCAUCCGAGUCCCAGGUGUCAUCAGUCAAGUCAGAAGUCAUCCCCUUCUCAACGAUGACCGUCCACCAUGUGCAGAGCUCGCCUGUUGUCAUCCACCAGUCUCAGCACUCGGCAGCCCUGGUCCCCCACGGCCAGGGCUCUCCCUCUGCAGGCAGUCACAGCGAAGCUGCGCCCGCCAGUGGCCACCCCUCAGCCGCCCCGGCCCCGCCAGAGCCCACGGCAGGAUCCCAGCCCACACAGGCCACACCAGCGCCACAGAAAGCUGAAAAGAAGUGGGAAGAGAAAAGACAAAACCUUGAUCACUAUAAUGGAAAGGAAUUUGAAAAGCUCUUGGAAGAGGCCCAGGCCAAUAUAAUGAAGUCAAUUCCUAACCUGGAGAUGCCUCCCCAGCCAGCAGCCCUGCCUAAAGGAGAUGCAGCAGAAAAGCUAGAAGUCUCAGAAGAAGCUCCUGAUGGAGAGCAGGAUAGUGACAAGCUGAGCAAGUCUCCACCUCCCCCACCUCCACGGCGCAGUUACCUGCCAGGGUCAGGACUGACCACAACGAGAUCAGGAGAUGUCAUCUACACAGCCAGAAAAGAGCCUGCUGCCCUCAAGGAGUGCAGUGAAGAUGCUGGGCAAAUAGCACAAUCCAAAGCCCCUAAAGAGGACCAGGCAUUGUCUCGGAGCACAGGGCAUGCUGUAGCACCAGCUGCAAAAGAUGAAGAGGAAGAGGAAGGAGAUAAAAUAAUGGCAGAAUUACAGGCUUUCCAGAAGUGCUCUUUUAUGGAUGUAAACUCAAACAGUCAUGCUGAACAGUCCAGAAAUGAUACACAUGUUAAAGACAUAAGGCCUGGGACUUUAAUGCAUCACAAGGAAAAGAAGAAUUUGGAAUUUUGCCCUGAAGAAAGACAGGAAUCAGAUGACAGCUUGAGACAUGUCUCUGCAGCAGUAAAUGGAGUGGUGUAUGGGGCUACAACAGGAUCUCCCACAGAUAGUGACCAUCCUAAAGAGAAGAGGGAAGGGAGAACUGAAGAAGAAUUGGGUUCUGAUUCAUCCAGUACAGCUGACAGUAAAAGUGGCUUUUCAAUGAAUGACAGUCCUACAUUUAGCAAGGGUUUGUUUGUAGACAGUACAGACUAUUCUAACAAAAACCUUCAGAAUAUGAGCACAAACCUGUCUGGUGUCAGUUUGCCAGAGGAGGACAAACGAAGAGGGGCUCAAGAUAUCUUAGGAUCACAUUUUCCAGCCAUUGAGACUGGAAAACAAAAGCCAAACUACAGACUGUCAAGAGAUGCUCUCCAGGGCGUGCCUCAGGGUGAAGCCUUGCAGAGCACGGGCAAGCACAUCCCCAUCAGCAGCGCUGCCCCUCUCCUGAGGCACAUGCAGGAGGCUGCAGGGCCUCAGCCUUCCUUGCAGGAGCAAGAAGUUUUUGCAGGCAACUACAGUCAGGUUGUGCUGAGACCCAAAGUGUCCAGAGCAAACAGUGUGAGCAGCACUGAAGAGACAGACUCUCCAGCCAGCUCUCCGAGUGAAGACAACCCACCCACAGAAAACAUUGCCUUCAUGAUUACUAAAACAGCUGUCCAGGUGCUCUCGAGCGGGGAAGUUCACGACAUAGUGAGCAGGAAAGGAGGAGAUGUGCAAACAGUCAACAUCGACGCCAGGAAGGAUGUGGCAUCAGAGAAGGGCAUCCCUGAGAACACAGACAGCGAAGAGCCAGUGGUGUGUCUGGACAAAAAGCCUGUCAUCAUCAUUUUCGAUGAACCAAUGGAUAUUAGGUCAGCAUACAAACGGCUUUCUACAAUUUUUGAGGAAUGUGAUGAGGAAUUGGAAAAAAUGAUGACAGAUGAAAAGAUAGAAGAAGAAGAAGAGGAGGCUGAAGAAAACGAAGCACAUGAAGUCUCUGAGAGGCAGAAGGAAGAGUCACCAGUAGCUAAUGAUGACAGAAAAGGAACCACAGAGCAUUCUGCAGCUCAUGGUCCCCAAGGGCCAUACCUAUUUAACCUUCAGUCUGACUCUGCAGAAAGCAGACCUCCUGCAGAGGAGGAAAGCGCAAAGACAAAUUUUAACAAAUACCGUCAGAUCUAUGGGCUAAACACAGAAGCAAACUCAGACUCUGCCGAUCAGUUGGGAAGCAGGCAGGAUUCUAAGAAAAAAUUUAAAUUUAAAUUCCCUAAAAAGCAGCUGGCCGCGCUGACGCAGGCAAUACGGACAGGAACUAAGACUGGGAAGAAGACCUUGCAGGUUGUGGUCUAUGAAGAAGAGGAGGAAGAUGGGGCCCUGAAGCAGCACAAGGAAGCAAAGAGAUUUGAAAUCACUAGGUCUCAGUCUGAGGAGAGUGAUAAAAGUCCUUCUGGGAAGCAAGAGGGCCCCUCCGGAGCUGCAGUGUCCCUGUCUAGGACUGACGAAAUUCGACAGAGUACAUACAGAACGCUAGACAGCCUUGAGCAGACUAUAAAGCAGCUGGAAAACACCAUCAGUGAAAUGAGUCCAAAGCCUGUCCCUGAAAACACAUACACCUCUGAGGGAAGCAUUGUCCCCUUCUCUGCCCAGAUAGUACCAGAGACCCCAUCCCGAGAGCAUGUAGUGCUGGAUGAGAGCCUUGCUGGUGUAGAGCCCCCUGCAUCACUCCCAGCCACUUCACGUAAGGGCUCCAGCGCUGCCUCCCAGACAAGCCGGAUGCCAGUCCCCAUGGCUUCAAAAACUAGACAAGGAAGCAUGGAGAAAUCAGGCAAACAGCACAAGCUGCAGGAUCCACGCCAAUACAGACAGGCUAAUGGAAGUGCUAAGAAAGCUGGUGGGGACUGUAAGGCUACUUCUCCUACCCUACCUGCUUCUAAGAUCCCAGCCUUUUCUCCCACUUCUGGGAAAAGCAGCUCAGCACCUGCUUCUAGCGGUGACAGCUCUAACCCUCUUAAUCCACCUACUAAAACCUCCAUUCCUUCCUCCUCCCUUCUCGGUCCUCAGACAGGUCGCAUAACUUACUCUACCUCCCUCAUCCCCUCUGUCUCUAAUGGCUCCUCCAAGUUUCAGAGCCCCACUUACCCAGGGAAAGGUCACCACCUCUCGUUCUCGCUGCAGACUCAGAACGGCCGACCGCCCCCUCCUUCCUCCUCUACCUCCCCCCCCUCCUCUAUCUCCCCCCCUUCCCUGAGCCAAGGUAUGAAGAGCAUCAGGACAAUCCACACCCCUAGUUUCAACAGCUACAAGGCACAGAACGGGAAUGCCAGCAAGUCCGCCCCAUCCACGGUCAAGGAGCCAUCCUAAAGGCUAAGCACAGCACACCUGCCAGGUCACCAAGGCUUUUUGUUCAAAGAAUCCGCAGCCAAUAUUUUAACCAGGGAAUGUAACCGUUUUGUUGUAUUGCUGGAGGCUUAAUACUAAUCACGUGCUAAAUACUGAAUUACUACACUAGAUUAGAGUGAAGCUUUUUGGAAAACAGUUGCUGUUGUAAUGAUAAAAGAGCAUUUUCUUUCUAUAGGCAGCACCUCUUAAAAAAAGUGUGAAGGUGUGUGAGUGAACUUGACUGCGUGUGCACAGUGGUGUACUGAGCAUGGGGAAUUGUACGGUUAAAAAUUUACUAAGUUGUUUUGUAUAAAGCUAUUUUUCAUUAUGAGGUCUAGAAGUGAACAGAGAUAUACUAAAGUGUGAUUAUAUUCAACUGUAAAACUGAAACUAAAAUAUUUUUCUUUUAUUUUGGUGUUAUUUAGCUUUGUUACAGAUUUCUAUUUUUGUCAACAAAUGUCAUGGUUCCUUUCAAGAUCUUUUUGCCAAAACAUUUUGAUACUAUUAUAAUGUACAUUUGAAAGUAGUAUGCUGGACAGUAAACCUCUGCACAAGAAACAGAACAAGACUGGUCUUAUGUGUGUAUGAGGCAACUCAACUUAUUGCACUGCCAUUCAGAUUAUAUUUAAGAAUUUGACAGACAAGGAAAAAAUAAAUUGUUUUACACAUAUAGAUAGUUGCUGAUUACUUUUUUUCUUAGCUCAAUCCACCCUUUUUCCUUCAUUUUUAUUUUACUGAGACCUGGUAGCCCAUUAAUGUAUUGCAUUGUGGAUUUCAAAAUGUACACUUCAGUACUGUUCUGUAUACUGGCAAACUUUUGUACAUAUCUAUAAAUAUCUAUAAAUAAAUAAAUAAAUACUGUAUGUGGCUGGGCACAUAGAGUAGUUUUACCACACCAAAGUUCAUUUUUAUGCAUGCUUAAGAAUAUAUAUGGGGAAGGGUUGAAAAUGACGGAUACCAGUUAAAUAGGAGAAGAGCAAGAAACUUGCAUAGCUAAUGGUUUUGUAAAUAAAUUUAUUUGUAUAACACCAUAAUGUAAUAUACAGAACUAUGAUAAGCAAAGAUCUUUACAAAAAUAAAGGGCUGCAUGCUUAUA